AUGUCUGCUGCUGCGCAUCAUUCGAAUAUAUCUGAAUCAUCGAAUACAAUUGAGCAUGUUGUUCUUCGACCACCUCGAGCUCGAAUUAUUCAAAGUCGUGGUGAUGGAUUUGGCGCGUACAUCGAACGUUUGAUCAAUGUAGCCUAUGAAACCUGUCGGUCAUUCAAUACAUUUAUGAAAACACGCAACGAUCUCAUCGAUUAUAUUCGUCGAGAAUUGGAUCGAGUCUAUUUUGAUUAUCAAUUUUCGAUUAUUAUCGGAAAGAAAUUUGCUUUUGAUCUUGCACCUUGUCUUCUCAUGGCCGAAAUCGAACAUGGAGGAUUGUCUGUUCUAAUUUUUACAUCAAUCGGAUGUUCCUAUUCGACCGUAUUCACCGAAGAGGAUCCCAAUGAUGCACCACUUGUUUGUCCCGCUCCUAUAUUGAUUAAACUAUAUUCACAAGAUGCAUGUUGGGGUAUGGGUGAACGUCUUCUUGUUAUAUUAAAUGAGAGGGCGAGUAUUGAAGCUAAUUCAAUUAGUGGUGAAAGUAUUAUACGCAUCGUUCGAGUUCUUUUCAAGGGACCGAGAUCAGUUAAAGCUCUCAUUCUAUUCAAAAUAUUCGAUCAUGAUGAUAAUAAAAUGAUAACUAUUCAAGAAAUCUCAGAGUUUUAUGAAAUUUACCUUGCUGAAUUCCGGUUUCCUCACAAUGAACUACGUCGUCAAGAAUUGAUUAAUACAUUUCUUCAAAAUUUUGGAAUGAUCAAUGAUAAUGAUAAAUUAAGUUUCGAUCAAUUUUAUUCAAUUCUUCAAGAAACACCUGAAUUACUCAAAUCUCUUCAACUUAUCAAUAUUCCAAUGAACGAUAAUGAUGGUGAAAAGUCAGAAUGGCAAAUAUGGCGAAUCAAUAAUCGAUAUCAAAUUCUCAUUGGUCUUCUUUAUAUCUUAAGCACAAUUGGUAUUAUUAUUUAUGUGAUAAUAAAAUGGACUAUUCAUAAACGAAUGCGAAAUGGUUGGUUGAUCGUUGCACACAUAUUUGGAUGUUUAGUAAAAUUUAAUUUUGCUCUGUCAGUCGUUCUCAUGCUUAAACAAUGGAUGAGAUGGAUUCGACAAUGUUAUUACUUGAGACGUUUCUUACCUAUUGAUGAUCACAUUGAUGCUCAUCGUUAUGUUGGGACAGUUUUUGCAAUUUGUAGUGCAGUGCAUUCAUUGGUUCAUAUCAUAAACUACUCUGUCAAUAGUGAGGGCUAUUCAUUUGUUCAAUGUAUGUUCACGACAAUUCAACAACAAGGUUGGAUAUCAGGUUUGGCUCCUAUUACAGGCAAUAUUCUUCUUGUUUUACUUAUUAUUAUGGUUAUUUGUGCAUUACAAUGUAUACGUCAACGAGAAAAAUUCUUUAUGCUUUUUCGUAUAUCACAUUUACUCUUCUGGCCUAUGUUUAUUCUUCUUAUAAUUCAUUCAGAAGAUUUUUGGAUAUGGACAUGUGGACCAAUGUUUCUCUUUCUAUGCGAGAAAAUAUAUCUGUUGAAAAGAUAUUUACCACAAAAAGGUCGCACUCAUUUGAAAAGAAUCACAAUUGAAGAUGAUAAUACUAUUUCAUUUAUCAUCGUACGACCUCCCUAUUUCAACUUUAAUACAGGAGAUUAUGUCAAUAUUUGUUUUCCUCGUAUAGUUUCUUACGAUUGGCAUCCAUUUACACUUUCAAGUUGCCCAGAAAAUAAAGAUACUCUACGUAUUCACAUUAGUAUCACUUCGUAUACUGGCGUUCUCGAAUCUUUAAUGUAUCAAUUUCGUGAACAACAAUACAUAUGUCAAAAUUGUCACCACAUCAAUUAUGAUCAUGAAGCAAUUGUACGACGAAAAUUAAAAAAAGUCGAUUUUAUUUGGGUAAAUCGUGACGUGGAAAAUUUUUCGUGGUUCUUACAACUAUUGACCGACUUCGAAAAUGAGCAAAUAGCAUAUCUUCAAGCAUUAACAUCGGAAAAUACUGUCCAGCAACGUUAUAUUGAUUUUCAUCUAUAUUUUACAUCGUUGAAGAGAAAUGAUCAAGGAAUGAUUGGGAAUGCUCCUUAUGAUCUUGUCUCAAAUAUCUAUGCAAAAAUAUCAAAUCGAGAUAUUCUUACUAAAUUGAAAACAAAAACAAUUCUGGGCAGACCACAUUGGCCAUCCUUAUUUGCCAAAUUCAAAGCUGAACACGAAAAGACAAAUGUCUUCUUUACAGGAAAUCAUAGUAUGGGCAAUGAAAUCAGGCAUUUAUGUGAUCAAUACAAAUUUAUGUAUCAUCAUGAACCUUAUUUUUAA